AUGAAGCCCACACACGCCUAUCUCACCGCCGCCCUCAUCAGCGGAGCCCUAGCCGCCCCAGGCAGCACGCUCGCCCAGCGCAUGCGUCAUAGAUCACUAGACCACCUAACCCUCCCCCUACAAGGCGGAGGCUACGCCACAGAUUCCGAGGCCAGGGUAGCAGGGGCCGCCGUCCAAUACAGCAACAACUGGGCGGGAGUAGUACGCGAGCAAGCACCUCCCGAAGGCCCCUAUACGGCCGUAACAGCAACAUUCACAAUCCCCUCCUCCACCGCCAUCGCCAACCAAAAUGGAGUCCAAGCCGGUUCCGUCUGGGUCGGCAUCGACGGAGGCACCUACUCGGGGGCUAUCCUCCAAGCCGGCGUGGACUUUUACGCCGAUCCCAAUCAACAAAAUCACGCCUGGUUCGAAUGGUACCCGGCCUAUGCGACCAAUUUCCCCAAUAUCGAUGUCAAUGAAGGCGAUACGAUUGUCUCUACGGUACGAUCGACUUCCCCAAGUGAGGGUAUCGCUAUCAUCGAGAAUAAAUCCACCGGUCAGACGGUGUCACAGACGGUGAAUGCUCCUGCGCCCACGGCUACCUUGGCAGGCCAGAAUGCGGAGUGGAUCGUGGAGGACUUCCAGUCGGGAGAUUCGAUGGUCGUCAUGGCUAACUUCGGGGAGGUUCAGUUCAGCGGUGCACAGGCUGAAGCUGGGAAUGCUAAGUUUGGAUUGAAUGGCGGAGAGGUUAUUGAGCUGAAGCAGAAUAAUAAGGUGCUUACUCAAACUGAGGUUACGGGGGAUCAGGAUAUGACGGUGAGAUUUAUUGGAGCAUGA